AUGCUUACUUUCCGGUACUUCCUAGAGUGUGCUGCCUUAAAACCGAGGAAAGCAGUUGAGGGAGAUGCUCCAGUGAAGCAUGCGCUGUUACAGGGCUUGCUUACGGUGCUCGAGUACUGCUUGGAACAUUCCGCAUCAAGUUAUUCUUGCUUCGAGCAAUUUAUCAAUGCUCUUGGCUACAAUACAGUUCAAUUCUGGCGAUACGCAGUGCCGUACAUCUACGACUCGGACCUCACCUAUGGCACCAAAUUCCGCGACUCGCUACUUUUCAGCCUCACACUGUUCGACGUCAAUAAUGGCAAGAGUAAACUCAGGUGUGAACCCUUCUCUGCUGUCAAAGACGCCACCUUAAAAAUGAGGCUGCCAAAAGCAGUAUUUGCCAUGCAAUGCGUUGUUCGCUCGCGCAGGAAGUUAUCUGUGCGUUUUUAA